GAAGCACACUCUAGACAACCCGUGAACAGUCAAUCCUUAUAGUUUAUACACCAGUGAAUCUCAGCAUUUGGCGACAACCAGUGAACAGUUUAUCCUUAUAGUUUAUACACCAGUGAAUCUCAGCGUUGGCCAGCCUGAGUGACUUUAGGACUUCCGUGUCAUUACAAAUACAGACGAUAUCUGCUUCUUUUAACUAAUUGCCGCUGUUUAGCAACCCCAGCUACUCCCUAACGUCGGCGAUUCAGCCCGGAAACCAAAUAUAAAUCAGUUUUGUGCCUUUUUUUUAACUGCCAUGGAAUCAACAUCUAACAACUACGAGCGGAACUGUGUUCUGUGUUGUCAGGAGCUCGACAUCUUUGCCCUGGGAAAAUGCGAUCACCCGGUGUGCUACCGCUGCUCUACCAAAAUGAGGGUGCUGUGCGACCAGAAGUACUGCGCCGUCUGCCGGGAGGAGCUCGACAAGGUGGUGUUUGUGCAGAAGUUGGUGGCGUUCUCUGCUCUGCCCCUCCAGACGCUGCAGGUGGAGAGGAAACAUGACAUCUACUUUACAGACCCCAAGAUAUACGCUCAGUUCAGGACCCUGCUGCUGUCUGAGUGUCCUAUCUGUCCAGAGUCUAAAGUCUUCUCUAAGUUUGAGGAGUUGGAGCAGCACAUGAGGAAACAACAUGAACUCUUCUGUUGUAAACUCUGUACCAAACACCUGCAGAUCUUCUCCCAUGAGAGGAAGUGGUACAACAGGAAGGAUCUGGCGCGUCACCGUACGCAUGGUGACCCUGAUGACACAUCCCACCGCGGACACCCGCUCUGCAAGUUCUGUGAUGACCGUUACCUUGACAACGACGAGCUUCUGAAGCACCUCCGUAGAGACCAUUACUUCUGUCACUUCUGUGAUGCUGACGGGGCCCAGGAGUACUACAGUGACUACCAGUAUCUGAGUGAACACUUCCGUGAGGCCCACUAUCUGUGUGAGGAAGGGCACUGUGCUACGGAGCAGUUCACCCACGCCUUCAGGAGCGAGAUCGACUACAAGGCCCACAAGGCCUCGGCGCACAGCAAGAACCGGGCCGAAGCGCGACAGAACCGACACAUAGACCUGCAGUUCAACUACGCCCCGCGCCAGAACCGACGCAACGACGGAGGCGUGGUGUCUGGAGAGGACUAUGAGGAGGGGAGGUCGGGACGUGGGGGGAGAGGGAGGAGCCAAGGGAACCAACAGAACACCAGAGGAAGCUGGAGAUACAACCGUGAGGAGGAGGACAGGGAGAUGGCAGUAGCAGUCCGAGCCUCUAUGAUGCAGCAGAGGAGACAGGAAGACAGAGGAGACGCCCAGGACAGGAGCGGAGCACCCAAAUACCGCAAAGAGGAGAGGAUGGAGAGACCGGAGAGGAUGAUGGAGAGACCGGAGAGGAUGAUGGAGAGACCGGAGAGGAUGAUGGAGAGACCGGAGAGGAUGACGGAGAGACCGGAGAGGAUGAUGGAGAGACCGGAGAGGAGGAUGGAGAGACCGGAGAGGAGGAUGGAGAGACCGGAGAGGAUGAUGGAGAGACCGGAGAGGAUGAUGGAGAGACCGGAGAGGAUGAUGGAGAGACCGGAGAGGAGGAUGGAGAGACCGGAGAGGAUGAUGGAGAGACCGGAGAGGAUGAUGGAGAGACCGGAGAGGAUGGAGACUGAGGAGAGACACAGGAGUGUUCCUAUCAAACCUCCACCUGAAGCUCCCCCAGUGAGGACCAUGAAGAGUAACCCUCCGACUGGAGAGGACUUCCCUGCUCUCCUGGGGGCUGCAGCCCCCACCUCCAGUGGAAAGCCCCCCCCAGCCCUGAAGACUCCGGCGCAGGUCCCAAUGAAGGAGGAUGAAUUCCCCAGUCUAUCUGCUGCCAUGGUUACGACCCCCAUGACCCCCGCCUACUCCGCCCAACCCAGGAAGCACUCCUCCUUCCAAGAAGAAGACUUCCCUGCCCUGGUCUCUAAGAUCCGCUCUCCCAGACCAGCUGGCGGAGCAACCUCAGCCUGGAGCCAAGCCGGCAGCAGCAACGCCUCCAAGACAGUCAUCCUUCCCUCCUCAUCCUCUUCCUCUAGACCUCCCCCUAACAACCCUCCUCUCCCUCUCACCGCCGGCCCCCAGCUCCUCUCCUCCUCUUCCUCUCGGAGGAAGAAGCCCCCCGCCCGCCGCCCCUCCCCCCCCUCUGACGAUGACAACGGCGGUGCCAAGACGAUGCAGGAGCACCGAGCAGUUCCGACCAUGUUGGAUAUCUCCUCUCUUCUCAUCGUCAAAGGACCCUCCAAGUCUGCCCCCACGGUCUCUAAGCCCCUCCCGCCGACCUCUAAGCCCCUCCCGCCGACCUCUAAGCCCCUCCCACCGACCUAUAAGCCCUCCCCUGUGACCUCUAUCCCCACUCCUAGUCCCGCCCCUAUCCCCACAUCCAAGACAGCCAAGAAGAAGAAACAACAACAGGCCACGCCCCCUCCAUCAUCACUUGGGAACAAAGUUCCUGUCCCCAUGGAAACGGUCUCCAGGGUACAGAAGGAGAACGUUCCGGAGAGCCACGCCUCCAAACCAGUGGUUGCCGUGACGACGGCGGCGGUUAAAGCCGCUGUAAAAGCAACGGUCAAAGCAGGUGGAUUGGCUAACGGCCACCUGGAUAAACCAAUCACAGUGGCCCCCCUCCCCAAAGCGCAGCCUGAACCCCCCCUGGAAGUAGAGGAGGAGUUCCCUGCCCUCAUCUCCAAGAAACCCCCCCCAGGCUUUAAGAGUUCUGCCCCCCCCAGGGCCCUGUCCCCCUCUCCCCCCGGCCAGGGCAGCGCCCCCCCGCCCAGUAAGCCCCCCCCAGGGUUUACCGGCAUCCCCCUCAACAGCAACGUGGUGGAGCCCGUCCCCCCUGCACCCAGCCCCCGCCCUCCCCAGUCCCUGGGGGUGUACCUGGUUCCAGAGAACUUCCAGCAGCGGAACAUGGAACUGAUCCAAUCCAUUAAGAACCUCCUGCAGAACGACCAGUCACGAUUCAACCAGUUCAAGGACUACUCUGGACAGUUCAGACAGGGUCUGAUGUCAGCGGUGCUGUAUCAUCGGAACUGUAAGACUCUGUUAGGGGAGAACUUUGGCGGCGUCUUCAAUGAGCUGCUGGUGUUACUUCCAGACACGGGGAAACAGCAGGAGCUGCUGACGGCCCACGCAGACGACCGGGCCAUGGAAAGACCAGGAGGCGGCGGGGCCAGGAAGAACAAGAAGAGCGCCUGGCAGACCCCCUCCAGCGCUAACGCUAACGCAGCCGCACUGGACUGCCAGGUGUGCCCCACCUGCUGCCAGGUGCUGGCCCCCAAAGACUUCAACUCCCAUAAGACCUUGCACCUGGGGGACAACGAGGACUUCCCCUCCCUGCAGGCCAUCAGCCGCAUCAUCAGCUAGCCCUGGCCCCGGGGACGGACACGCGCACUGCCCAAUCACAGCCCUGCCUGUUGCCAUUCAGGGGGGGGGAGCCUGUUUCCAUGGUGACCAUGGCCACAGAGGAUGCGGUAGUGUAUUUGAUGGCGAGGCUGGGAUCAGCAGGAGGAUGAACUGAAUUCUGAGCUAAAGGUUGCCAGAUAUUGAGCUGACUCCCGGUGUGACUCCGGCUGGACCUGGCACCAGCCUGGCAACCCCGACCCUGGAGGACCCUGCAAGUACCACAUGUUGGUGAAUUAAUAAGAAGAAUGAUUCUAUAUAAUUUUCUUUAUUUUUCUCUCUCUUCUGAUCUCCAUCAAAUGUCCAUGAGGUUGAUAAAGUGUUGAAGGAGUGGUUCAUUUAUCAGGGUUGAUGAGUGUUUAUGAAGUUAAACCCCAUAGAGACUGACUGUCCGGAGGAACCUGGUUAAAAGGUAGAGGUCUACUGUCAGGGCUGUGGAGGGUCAUCAGAUAGGAGAAGUCUGGAGGGAGUCAGACUAUUUGGGACGAUAUGUAGCUGUGGGGAGGGACACUGCUGGUUCUCCUGUUUCUCUUCUGUCUCUCUCUUCUAACCCACAACCAGUCUGUAACCCCCACAACCAGUCUGUAACCCCCACAACCAGUCUGUAACCCCCACAACCAGUCUGUAACCCCCACAACCAGUCUGUAACCCCCACAACCAGUCUGUAACCCUGACAACCAGUCUGUAACCCCGACAACCAGUCUGUAACCCCGACAACCAGUCUGUAACCCCCACAACCAGUCUGUAACCCCCACAACCAGUCUGUAACCCCCACAACCAGUCUGUAACCCCCACAACCAGUCUGUAACCCCCACAACCAGUCUGUAACCCCCACAACCAGUCUGUAACCCCCCACAACCAGUCUGUAACCCCCGACAACCAGUCUGUAACCCCCACAACCAGUCUGUAACCCCCACAACCAGUCUGUAACCCCCACAACCAGUCUGUAACCCUGACAACCAGUCUGUAACCCCCACAACCAGUCUGUAACCCCCACAACCAGUCUGUAAAAUCAGAACAUUUCUGUUUGCCCCAAUUUGAUUAAACAGCUUUCUUGCUUUGG